AUGACUCUCACCCAAACAACCCCCUACCCCUUCACCUUCACCACCAGCCCAACAAACCAAUCAAGCAAAGAUGCCGCCAGAGACCAAACUCUCACCCUCAAGAAUGUCCGGGGCAAGAUCCCCUCCAUUCAAGCCUCCGCCCUCCGCACCAUGAUGCUUGAGGCGCACUCCGACCCCACGAAGAUUAUCGCCCACGCCUGCUCCUACGAUGGCCUCUCCUCGCGCCUCGUGCAGGAAGCCGGCUUCCCCAUUGUCUUCUUGGCCGGCUAUGCCGUAGCCAGUUCCUAUGGCCUCCCGGACACGGGGUACAUUGCGAUGGCGGAAAUGUGUGACAAGAUCCAGGAGGCCGUGCGCGCGACGGAUAUUCCUGUGAUGGCAGAUGGGGAUACCGGGUACGGAAGUCCAAUGAAUGUCAAGAGGACGGUAGAGAGCUUCGCGGCUGCUGGUGCGGCUGGGGUUAUGAUCGAAGAUCAGACGUGGCCGAAACGUUGCGGUCACACCAAAGGCAAAUCUGUUGUCUCCAGAGGCGAAGCCUACGCCCGCAUCCAAGCGGCCGUUGACGCCCGUAACAACGGCCAAGAUAUCUUCGUUCUGGCGCGUACUGACUCUCUAAUCCACGGAUGGGAGGAGGCCAUGACCCGGGCGAAGGAAUUCAAGCGCAUCGGAGUAGACGCCGUCUUCGUCGAGGCAUUGCCCGAUCGCGAGGCGAUGCAGAAAUGUGUCCAGGAGCUACAAUUGCCUGUCUUUGCGAAUAUUAUUGAGGGCGGGCUGACGGAGAACCUGUCAGCCAAGGAUCUGGCUGAGCUCGGGUUUUCAGCUGUCGCGUAUCCGUGGACCCUUGUGGCGGCCAAGCUGAAAAGUAUUCGCGAGACGCUGGAGGCGUUGAAGAGGAGUAUGACUACUGGGGCACCGCCAAUGAUUCUGGGCUAUGCGGAAGUUUGUGAGGGGGUCGGGUUUAAUAAGUAUUGGGAUCAGGAAGCGAAGUAUGAGUAUAAUGAGAAUGGAUUGGUGGGAAAUGGGAAUGGAAACGUGUAG